UGGGGCGUUGGGACGGUUUAUUUUGCUGCGACUGCGGCCGAAAGCUUUCAAAUUCUGGAGGCGGGAGAAAGAAACAGAAAGAAACCGUCUGGCGAGAGCGAGAGAGAGAGACAGGCCCAGGAGCCGGGAGGAUGAGCAGGGGGCCGGCGGGGCCUGGGAGCUGGCGGAAGGAGCGCCUAUGGAGCGGGCUGUUGGCGUUGGGCUUCACUCCGCCCGGGGAUGAGACUCGGCCGCUGGAGAGCGGGAGCGGCGGCGGAAGAAGCCGCAUCGUCUUCGGCAGGGAUAUGUUUGACAAACCAAAUAUGGAAGCAUUUCAAGUGGUUGUGCAUUACUUGUUCCUGCAAUUGGACCAAACUCGUGCCAAUUCUCUUUUCAGGGAUUGCUGGCCUAUUUAUGAUAAGAAAAGGGCUGCAUGCUUUAGAAAAGUGUGCUUUGAGUGGAUGAAGAAAAUUGCGGAUGAAGUUGGAAAUGAGUUUCCUCAAGUCACGGCAUCGUUAUUCCUGUCCCCCGGAGGCCCUAAAUUUGGUAACCUGAUGUACCAUUUUAUAAAAUAUGUGCUCAUGCACAAGUUUAAUGAAACUGAAAAAGAUGGUACCUGGAAAACCAUGACAUUCCGAGGAAAACAAGAUGAUCCCCAUUUAACAGCAAUGAAAAGUUGCAUUGCAGCUAACUGGUUUUUAGAAGGAAUUCAGAAAGAAGCUUUUGUUGUUGGAGAAUAUAAAAGACGAGAAGCAUUAUUGAUUAAAGAAAAUUCAAUCUUGAAGAAACAUUAUGUAGAAAUGAGGAGUCGCCUGGAAAAAGGCACUUGUGACUACGCAGAAGCACGUAUUCAGAAACAGGAAGAGCUCCGUGAGAUGUGGAAUACUGUAAUGGACACUUUGUCCAAAUUGGAAAAAGAGAAGGAAGUAAUUGAUUCGUUAGUGGAGGGAAGAGUGGAUCUAUACACUCUUGAUGGAACAGAUGUGACCUUAAAAAUCCCAAGACAAUUAAUAGUUAAGAUUGAGGAUGAAGCAGAUCAGAUUGGUGACCUGUACAAAGCUGGUAAACUGAAUCUUGCAGCAAUAAUCCAGCUAUGUAAUUGGUGUCUCAGACUUCAUGGUGACCAGCACAAUCAAGUGGGCCCAGCAGAACUGGAGCAACAUCAUCUUACCUUGGAAAAGCUGGCAGAGUUCCUGAAAAAUGAAUUGAUUGAAAUGAAGGAAAAAAGCCAGAAAAUAACACAAGAAGUUUUCCCUUCUGUGAAAGUGUCAGUCGGCAAAAUGGAAAGCGCGUGGGAUAAGAAAUGGGAACAGUACACAAGUAGAACUGGUUAUUCCCCAGUGAGGAGAAAAUAUCCUGUCCUUGAUCUUCUACCAACCAUGCCACCGUUGUCUUUUGAACCAGCCUCAGAAGAAGCUUACAAAAGCAGUAUAUUUUAUACACACUCUGCGACACUUCCAGGGCCUGAAGAAACAUGUAUAAGAGGUUCAGAAAAAGGUGACAGUGGUAUAGAAAGCAUUACGAGAAGCUUUAAUGAUCUGAGCACAUCAAAAUUGCAGUGUUCUGGAAGGUGCAGCAUUGCAGUUGGAGAUCCAGCUGACGAAAUACAAUUUUCAUAUCUUGGAGAGGAAUCUGAAUUGCCAUUGGUAAAUAUGCAUCCUCUUGGAAGUAAGUUGCAGACUCCAUAUGCAAAUAUGAUGGGAAGACAGCAAAGGGACAAGGCUCAAAGUCCAGCACUUCUGAAUAAACCUAAAAAUCGCUUUAAGAUAAGAGAAGAACAUCUCCAGAAGGCUGUUGACAAGUUGGCAGAAGAGGUAGCAGAUACUGUCAUCAAAGAUUCAUCUGGAUUAUUUGAAAAGGAAGAUGUGCCCCUUGACUUAUUUGGCUCGCCAGCAAGCAAUCCGUUCACUGCACAAACUGAGUUACCAAGGACACCUGAACAUUUGAUUACAGAUAUUAGGAACUCCUGGAGAUGUGCAGUUCAAGAAUCGGAACUUGCGCAGAGGAAACACCAGGAAGAGUCUGUCUCGAUGUGUCCAAAAUACAGAAACAAUACCAUUGGCCAAGUUCUAUUAGAGCCUGAAGAAUCUUCAUCUAUUACAUGUGUAAACCUAACUGGAUCUAUCGAUAAGAAUACUCCCCCAGUUGCAACUGCUCUUUGUCUUAAUGAAACACAGGAAAGCUGGAUUGUGUCAGCUGAUAGAGAAGCAUUGCCAUCUGUCAAAGGAAGGACCUGUUGGAGUGAAAAUGCUCCUAAUCUUGAUGCAGAAUCAACUAGCUCAAACUGUCAAUCCAUCAGAAAUGAAAAGCAGAACAGCCAGUGUCUGAAAGCUGAACCCCUAUGGGAAAAAAACAAAUACAAAUGUAGAAAUUGGGAGGAAUCCAGAAUAGAUUGCUCAGAUUUUGGAUCUGAAGAUGAACCACAUUGCUUCAAUAAUAAAGUCACAGAUGGUGAUGCAAAUGAUGCAUUGGCCAGUAAAAUUCUCCCCCCUCCUUCUGAUUCCCAAGUUUUAGAUGUUGGUGAGGAUUGUCACGUCACUUCUAAAACAAGUGUCUCUAGCAAUGCAGCUUUCUCAGAUGAGACUGAAUCUGAUCACUGUCUGCAAUUUUUGACACUCGACAGAUUAAGCUCCAAAUCUCCAAUUAAGAAGGAGAAACUGUCUAAAAGUUUUGUAAUGGAACUGUGCAAAAAUGAUAAAACAUUGGAAAGUUCUGUUGUUUUUCCAUCCUUUGCUGAAUGUGACUCAGACCGUACAUUACCUUGGAACGGAUCACAGAAUUCUAUUGCUAACCUUUCCAGUUCAACAAAGCCUCUUAUGUUUGGCAUUUUGCAGGAGACUAUUCCUGAUGUACUUGGCAAUGAUAGUUUGAACAGUUCUAAAAGCAUGGAGAUCGAUCAACUGGAUGAUUCCCAUUUGGACAUACAGAAUUUGCGCAGUAGAUUGGCGCAAGUGUAUAAAAAUAUGACCACAGCAUAUGGUGGAAGUGAAAGAAAAGACUUAAUUGAACCUAUGGGAGCUUCUGAUUUCAAUAGUAACAGUGAAGAUAAAGACCAAUAUAAGCCAGAACUUUAUGGUGAAAUAAAUUAUAUGAGUGAGGAAAUUGAAACAGAUAAACUGUUUUCCCUGGAAGCACAGUUUUUGAAAGAUCUUUCACCAGUGUCUGUGGAAUCCCAAAAGCUUGGCUUAUUUCCUGCUUCUUUGGGCAGCUCUCCAUUGAAUGACCCAGGACUUAGAAAUGCCAAAGAGGUCAUCUUCGAGCUCAAUCCUUCCAACAAUGAAUCUCAAAGUGCUUCUGAGAGAAUUUUUCAAUCUACGUGGGACAGUUAAUAAACUUCUAGAAGGAUCUGAAUGUUGCAAUAAGAAUUAGGAACAGGAAUAGGCCAUAUGGCCCCUUGGCCCUGCUCUGUCAUUGCAUACGAUCAAGGCUGAUCAUCUGCCUCAUCACUUUCCUGCCCUUUUCCAUUUCCCUUUAUUACCUGAGCUCAGGAAAUUUUUACCUAUCCCAGCCUUGAAUACACUGUAUGAUUUAAAGCAUCCCCAGCCCUCGAGUAGAUAAUUCCAAAGGUUCACGAUCCUCUGAGUGAAGAAAUUUCUCCUUAUCUUGGUUGUAAAUGAUUGAUCCCCUUAGCUCGAGACACUGCCCCAUGCUCUGCUUCCCCAGCUAUGUCUACCCUGUGAAACCUUUUCAGAAUCUGGUAUGUUUCAAUGAAAUCACUUCUUAUUAACUCCAGAGAGUAUAGGUCCAAUUUACUCAGCCUCUCAUCAUAGGACAACCCUCUCAUCCCAGGGACCAGCCUAGUGAACCUUAGCUGUACUUUGCAUAUGGAGAUAAAAGCUGUUCAUGAUACUUCAGAUGUGGUCUCACCAAAGCUCUUUACAGUUGUUGUGUGACUUCCUUGUAUUCCAGCCUCCUGUGAUAAGGACCAUUUACCUUCUUAAUUGCUUGCUGCACCUGCAGGCUAACUUUCUAUUUCCCUUGUAUGGGUACAAUCAAGUCUGUGACCUAACUUUUCAAAACUUCACACUAUUUUAAAAAACCUGCUUUUCUAUUAUUUCCAAAGUAAACAACCUCCUUGGCCGGCCCCAUCAAGUCCAUUGACUUGCGGUGGGACCGGAAGAUCCCGGUGGCAGGUGGGUGCUGAAAAUCCUGCCCUUUGUUUCCCACGUUAUACCCCAUCUGCCAUCUUGUUGCCCACUGACUUAACCUGUCUAUAUCUCUUUGCAGCCCGUGUCCUUCACAAAGCUUACAUUUCUACCUAGCCUGUAUCAUCAGUAAACAUGGAUACAUUACUUAGUCUCUUAGGUCAUUUUUAUAGAUUAUAUAAAGCUGAGGCCCCUGGUGGGAUUCCACUAUUUACAGCCUGCCAAUUUGCAAAUGCCUUGUUUAUUUUCUGCUUCCUUUUGUGUCAUACCUUAACAGCUGUGUUUUGGAAUUCCGAGUAUGUUACAUUCCCUGGCUCCCCUUUACCUAAUUAGUUGCAUCUUCAAACAAAAAACAUUUAAUCAAACGCUAUUUCACUUUCAUAAAGCCAUGUCAACUGUCUGACCUUAUUAUGACCUUAGUGCAUUGCUAAGACUUCCUGAAUAGAUUGCAUUUUCUUGAUGGUUAACGUCAGGUUAACUGGUCUGUACUCCCCUGAUUUCUCUUUUCCCCCUUGAAUAGUGAUGUUGCAUUUGCUACUUUCAAACUCACCUGGACUUUUCCAGAUUCUUGGUAAUUUAGGAAAAUCCUAACCAGUGUCACCUCUCUCUCUGCAGUUACUUCUUAGAUGGGCUAAGCACUAGUUUUUCACCUUAGGGACUGAGAUCCAAACUAACCCAAGCUGUUGGGAUGAAAGGAAAAUAUUCGCACAGUCCGCCACUCCCAGGAGGGAUGAGCCAAUCUAAAUUAUCUUGGAAGUAGGCCAGAGGUAAUUUUACUCUGCAUCUGGCUAUCCUUCACCUGAGCUGACCAUCUGUUGUUGGCUGGAUACCUGAAAUGGAAAUGAAUUCUGUUGACCAGCAGAUGGUGUUUGCCUUAAAUCAACUUUGGGUGGCUCAAUAUUGUUUUUAUCUCUGACUCUGGUUCUGAUUAGUCGAGGAUAAUGGAAUGAAUAUGUUCAACGUUAAAUUUUGUGAUUGCCUCCUAUCCAAUUCAAAUAAGUGUGUACAGAAAGACUACCAUUUUACUAGUAGUUGGUAGUCUUUGAAAUGUCACAGUGGCUGGGGUAUUUGGUAGUUUCGAGUUCAGACAUGUUCUUGGAGCAGAGUCUAGACCACUUAUUUCCAGUUGUAAACCAUCUAUAGCUUUCCUGGACAUGCUGGGCACUAACAUUAAAUGUAAAAUUUGGAAAUGUGUCUUUGGUAAUGCCAUCCUUCACAUUAGGAUUCAUCCCAAAGAAGUUAAACAUCUUGCAAUCCAUUUGUCGCUUUCUUGCUCCCUACUUCCUUCAAUAUUUUGAGACUAAUCUUUUGUAUUUGCAAUUAGUAAAUAAAACAUUUUAUAGUUUAUAAUAAAGUAAAAAUAUAAAUUAAUUGCAUUAUUUACUUCCAAUGAAUUCUCUCAUCUUGUUCGUAAAGCCACAGGUAUGGAAGGCUUUGUUCCAAUGCAUUGCCAAUGGUUUAAGCCCUGUGAAUGCUGGAUUAGUAAUAAUGACUGAGAUUUUCUUGAACUGCAGCAGAGUACCUCUUUCAGAUAUAAAAUUGGCAGUUUAUUUUUGAACAAUACUGCAAUCUAAUGCUGUAACCUUACAUGCAAAUCUUAUCAUUGAUAUAGUCACACAGAUAUAACCUAUUUAUUUAAAUUGAUAAGUACUUAUUCAAACUUGAAUUAAAUGCCUUUUAAGAUGAGUUGAACAUGUAGGGUGAGUAGAUAAUGAAAAUCCAUAUGUUUUGAUUAAGCAAACAUGACGUAAUGUGAUUUGAUAAGAGCUAAUAAAAUCACCUCAAAUCCCUGCAGGAAGCAACAAGAAGGGAUUUAUUGAGAGGAAUGUAAAAAAUUAUAGCCAAAAGUGAGAAGUGUGAUUGGGUAGCUAAGAGACCUACACCAGUAUAAUCAAGUAAUCGGGCAUACUGUAGGACUGUUGAACCAGUUUAGGAGUAUGCACAUUUCGGUAGGGCUCCGUACAAUAUGCCUCAUAGUCAUUUCUUCCAUCCUCCACAACCUCAUCAUAGAGAAGCCUGCAUUUGGAGUGGGCAGAGAAACAGCAGUAGACAAAGACCAUGUCACCACCUUGCACCAAGUGAUAUGAGGGAUGAGUUAAUUGAACAGCUUGUUCCUGUAGCUUGAAAAAAUCCAAUGAAGUGGGAUAGUUGAAAUUAUUUCUUAUUCAAAUUGAUGUAAAACAAAUAAUGCACAUCUUAAUAUUAAGAGCAAAAAACUGUGAAUGCUGGAAAUCCAAAACAACAACAAAAAUAUCUGGAAAAACUCAGCAGGUCUGGCAGCAUCUGCGGAGUGGAGCACGGUUAAUGUUUCGAGUCCAUAUAUAUGACUGAGUUUUUCCAGGUAUUUUUGUUUUUGUUUCACAUCUUAAUAUUAAUAGCUAUAGAAUAGACAAAUGUAGUUAUGAGCACUUUUUCUGCAAAUGAUUGGAAAUAUAGCCAACACUCUAGGCAUGGGGGGUAUGUACUAGUACUGUGGGAACCCAGCUAAAAAAUUACAAGGCAUAAAACUUAAUGGCCUUCACUGCUUGGGUAAACAGUGUUAAGGAGAUAAAGAAACGGAGUCAUUAGGCCUCAGACACUAACAAACCUCCUGGGGCCAAAAGCUGAGAUACAGGGAACAUCUGCAGGAUAGAUUGUCCCACUCAUGGAUUAGGUUAUGUGAUGUGUGUUCUAAAGCAACAGCAGUGAUUGAGGACUGUACCAAUGUAUUGCAAUGAGAACCAAGAACUGUAAGUUGUGACACAGACUUUGUAUUAUUGAGACAUCUUUGGGAAAGCAACCAGGAUAGAUCUGAUCUCUUCCAGCAAAUGCUUGAAUAAAAUCUUCACUCACUGGAA